AUGUACGAUAUGAAGCAGAUCCUCACGAAGAGCUCCAUCUCGAAGGUGCCUGAGGAGCUGCGGAGACAUGAGGCUGCCCAGCAAAGGCCCCAGAAGGGGUACAGCAAGAAGUCAUCGGAUAGAUAG